AUGAGUGCAAUCGCCAUUCACUGUGAUCCGCACUUUGCAAUGGGACCCAGGCCGGCUUUUUCUUGGCCAGGGCCUCUGGAACCUGGCUCAAUGAGCAACGGCAAUGUGUUUGGCGCCGAUUUCGGCAUGAUGGGCGGCUCGGAACCCAGUCUGACGCCUCCGAGCGAAACAAGAUCGCUGGCCUCAAGUCCGCCGCGGGGAGCGUGGACGCCGGCGCAACUGGAGCUGAGGAGGCAAAGAGAUCGAGUCCGAAGAGACCUCAAACUAUCGGCACGGAUUCAACGCAUCAACAGCAACUCGUACGUACCGUCGUCAUCAGUGGCCCUCGGAGAUGUUUCGAGCACCAUGAACGUUUCAAACUAUACGACGUCGCCUUCUGCCGUCCCGCUCGUCGCAACGCCUGCCACGACCAUGAGUGAACAAUCUUUUCUGCCUUCAUACAGCCCGACUCUCCAGGAUCAGUCUCACGGGGGGCAGGCGUUUGCCUCUCCAUACCAGCAGUCUUUGCCGCCCAGCUACGGCGUUUCGAUGGAAUACUCUUCGGCAUACGCCGGACCAGGAGACUACAGCACGCGAACGCCCUCGUUGUCCAUGACGCAGGAUGCUGGGAUGCUAUACCCGAUGCCGACAGUCGCGGCUGCGAGCAACACAGGUAGCGCAGAAGGCGGCAGUCACGUCAGAGUCGUACAGAGCCGACCAAAACCGCGUUGCUGGGAGCACGGGUGCAACGGGAGGCAGUUCUCCACCUUUAGCAACUUGCUACGGCACCAGCGCGAGAAGUCGGGACAAGCCGCAAAGGCCAUGUGCCCGAACUGUGGUGCGGAAUUCACUCGAACGACGGCCCGCAACGGGCAUCUGCUGCACGACAAGUGCAAGCAACGAAGAAACAACAAAGACGCCGUGCCGUGA